CCAGUGGCAACACCAUGUUAGUAAUGCAGAGAUUCGGCAUCGAGUGUUCGGUCACAGAGACGAUAAUGCAAUUGGUGUCACCAUCUUGAAACACCGACUUCGGUGGUUUGGACAUGUUCUACGAAUGUCGUCCCAGAGAAUUCCUCGUCGUGCAUUAGUUGCCGACUCUGGGACUGGUUGGAAAAAGCGGAGAGGUGGUCAGUAUAUGACAUGGUGUCGUGGUAUGAAAGGAAGCUGCAAAGGGCUAGCUUCUGUUGGUCCUUCACGACUCCCUGGCUGGGGUCCGAGAGGUGGUGUAACACAGUGGCUAGAAACGUUAUCAGAUGUGGCUCAGAAUAGAAGCCAGUGGCGAUCCUGCCGUAACCUUCUUUUACUUUCUUCGCAAAAAGCGGUUGCCCCUUCCUUAACUGAAAGAUUUCUUCUGAUUGUACCUUUUCGUUUCCCCCAUUAUUACUACUAUUACAUUACCUUACACUGAUCCGGUCGUUAUUGUUCUCUUUUUUUUAUACUUCCCUACGUUCCUUACUUUUUUUCACUUCUCUUUAAAUUCUGAUUUUGUGUGGCGCAUAUAUAUUUGGUGGCCUCUUGUGCCAAUAUUUAUGUGUUCAAAUAAAUAAAUAAAUAAAUAAUAAACUACGGAUCAUUAUGAAACAAUCAAUUGGAUGGAAUUUAUCACUCUUUAUCAACUUC